GUCUACACAGACGGCUCAUGCAAAGGAGUGACUGUUCGAAGGGCAGGGGCAGGGGUAUACUGGGCAGACGGUGCAGCGAUGAAUAUUGCAGCUCGUGUGCCCGGAAGACAGACCAAUAACCGGGGAGAAUUGUAUGCCGUGAAGCUUGCGCUGCGCGCGUCCAAUCCUCUACGGAACCUUGACAUCUACUCCGACUCUGAGCUGGUGAUACGUCUCUGUUGCUACUGGGCACCGGCUAUCGCAGCGAGAGGUUGGGAGCGGAAGCUCCUACUGCACGAAGUGGUACACCUACUGAGGGCCCGUCUUGCUCGCACGCGGUUCAUCUGGAUUAAGGGUCACAGCGGAAAUGUUGGCGGCGACGCUGCCGAUAGGUUAGCAAAAGAGGGUGCA